GAGAGAGCGAGCGAGGCGGAGGGAUUUGGACUGUGGCUGGAUACAUUGGAAGUAGUGAGAAGAGUGGAAGCCUGGGCUGGAUUCUCUGUGGAUGGUGGGGGAUCGGGGGCCCUGCUGGACACCCUCUGGACCUAUGUCACCUUAAUGCUGCCAGGAGGAGGAAUGGGUCACAUUGUAGGAUCACUGCUGUUGCUGCUGUCACUGACUGUCCACACACAAGGUUUAAGGUGUACACAGCCUGGCGAAACUUGUUUGAAUAAUGGAAAGUGUGACUCCAGCGGGACAGAAUGC